AUGAAGCUUUCCAUUUUGGAGGCAGCAGCUUUGACAGCUGCCUCCGUAGUCAGCGCACAGGACGAUCUCGCAUACUCCCCGCCGUACUACCCUUCUCCCUGGGCCGAUGGCCACGGUGAGUGGUCGAACGCGUACAAGCGCGCUGUAGAUAUCGUCUCUCAGAUGACAUUGACGGAGAAGGUCAAUCUCACCACCGGUACUGGAUGGGAGUUGGAGAGGUGUGUCGGUCAGACGGGCAGUGUCCCUAGACUGGGAAUCCCAAGCCUCUGUCUGCAGGAUAGCCCUCUGGGUAUUCGCAUGUCGGACUAUAACUCGGCCUUCCCUGCGGGUAUUAACGUUGCGGCCACCUGGGACAAGAAGCUUGCCUACCAACGCGGCAAGGCAAUGGGCGAGGAAUUCAGUGACAAGGGUAUUGAUGUUCAGUUGGGCCCUGCUGCCGGUCCUCUUGGCAGGUCCCCCGAUGGAGGCCGAAACUGGGAGGGCUUCUCUCCUGAUCCCGCCCUGACUGGUGUGUUGUUCGCCGAGACGAUCAAGGGUAUCCAGGACGCCGGAGUUAUUGCUACCGCGAAGCACUACAUUCUCAACGAACAAGAGCAUUUCCGCCAGGUCGGCGAAGCCCAGGGCUAUGGCUUCAACAUCACCGAAACCGUGAGCUCAAAUGUGGAUGACAAGACCAUGCACGAGCUGUAUCUCUGGCCCUUCGCCGAUGCGGUGCGCGCGGGCGUGGGCGCUGUGAUGUGCUCCUACAACCAGAUCAACAACAGCUACGGAUGCCAAAACAGUUUGACCCUGAACAAGCUCUUGAAAGCCGAACUCGGAUUUCAGGGAUUUGUCAUGAGUGACUGGAGUGCUCACCACAGCGGUGUUGGCGCCGCCUUGGCUGGUUUGGACAUGUCCAUGCCGGGAGAUAUCAGUUUCGACAGCGGCACUUCCUUCUAUGGCACGAACCUGACUGUUGGCGUCCUCAACGGCACCAUUCCCCAGUGGCGUGUGGAUGACAUGGCCGUCCGGAUCAUGGCUGCCUACUACAAGGUUGGCCGCGACCGUCUCUGGACUCCUCCCAAUUUCAGCUCGUGGACUCGCGAUGAAUAUGGCUUCGCGCACUUCUUCCCUUCCGAAGGCGCUUAUGAACGUGUCAAUGAAUUCGUCAACGUGCAGCGUGACCAUGCCCAGGUGAUCCGUCGGAUUGGCGCGGAUAGUGUCGUGCUCUUGAAGAACGACGGUGCCCUUCCCUUGACGGGCCAGGAGAAGACUGUUGGCAUUCUGGGCGAAGACGCCGGGUCGAAUCCGAAGGGAGCAAAUGGUUGCAGUGACCGUGGCUGUGACAAGGGUACUCUGGCCAUGGCUUGGGGUAGUGGUACUGCCAACUUCCCUUACCUUGUGACUCCCGAACAGGCCAUUCAGAACGAGGUUCUGAAGGGCCGUGGAAAUGUCUUUGCCGUGACGGACAACUAUGAUACACAGCAGAUUGCCGCCGUUGCCUCUCAAUCCACGGUUUCAUUGGUUUUCGUGAACGCAGACGCCGGUGAAGGUUUCCUUAAUGUGGACGGAAACAUGGGUGAUCGCAAGAACCUCACCCUCUGGCAGAACGGAGAGGAAGUGAUCAAGACUGUCACGGAGCACUGCAACAACACCGUUGUUGUGAUCCAUUCGGUGGGACCUGUUCUCAUCGAUGAGUGGUAUGCGCACCCCAAUGUCACCGGCAUUCUGUGGGCUGGUCUCCCGGGCCAGGAGUCUGGCAACGCCAUUGCGGACGUGCUGUACGGCCGCGUCAACCCUGGCGGCAAGACCCCCUUUACCUGGGGUAAGACGCGCGCGUCCUACGGCGACUACCUCCUCACCGAGCCCAACAACGGCAACGGUGCUCCUCAAGACAACUUCAACGAGGGCGUGUUUAUUGACUACCGUCGCUUCGACAAGUACAAUGAGACGCCCAUCUACGAGUUCGGUCAUGGUCUGAGCUACACGACGUUUGAGCUGUCUGGCCUCCAGGUCCAGCUUAUCAACGGAUCCAGCUAUGUUCCCACUACGGGUCAGACGAGCGCCGCCCAGGCAUUUGGUAAAGUCGAGGACGCGUCUAGCUACCUGUACCCUGAGGGACUGAAGAGGAUUUCCAAGUUCAUCUAUCCCUGGCUGAACUCUACCGAUCUUAAAGCGUCUACCGGCGAUCCUGAAUACGGAGAGCCCAACUUCGAGUAUAUUCCUGAAGGUGCUACCGAUGGCUCUCCUCAGCCCCGUCUGCCUGCCAGCGGGGGUCCUGGCGGCAACCCCGGUCUCUAUGAGGAUCUCUUCCAGGUUUCUGUGACCAUCACCAACACCGGCAAGGUUGCUGGUGAUGAGGUGCCUCAGCUGUAUGUUUCGCUGGGUGGCCCCAACGAGCCGAAGCGGGUGCUGCGCAAGUUCGAGCGCCUGCACAUCGCCCCUGGUCAGCAAAAGGUCUGGACGACUACCCUGAACCGCCGUGACCUAGCCAACUGGGAUGUCGUGGCCCAGGACUGGAAGAUCACUCCCUAUGCUAAGACCAUCUUUGUUGGCACCUCUUCGCGCAAGCUGCCUCUCGCUGGUCGCUUGCCACGGGUGCAGUAA